UCGUCGUUUUCCCUUGGCGGCUGCUCACUAGUUGAAAGGAAGGAGCAAAGAUGGUGUCGCUGAAGCUCCAGAAGCGUCUCGCCGCAAGCGUGCUCAAGUGUGGGAAAGGGAAAGUUUGGCUCGAUCCUAAUGAGGGCAGCGAAAUCUCCAUGGCGAAUUCCCGCCAGAACAUCAGGAAACUUGUCAAGGAUGGUUUCAUCAUCAGGAAGCCGACAAAGAUCCACUCUCGAUCUCGGGCACGCCGCAUGAAGGAGGCCAAAAGAAAAGGGCGUCACUCGGGAUACGGUAAACGAAAGGGUACGAGGGAGGCGAGGCUCCCAACCAAGAUUUUGUGGAUGAGGAGGAUGCGUGUUCUGAGACGUUUGCUCCGAAAGUACAGAGAGGCAAAGAAGAUUGACAAGCACAUGUAUCAUGACAUGUACAUGAAGGUGAAGGGUAAUGUCUUCAAGAACAAGCGUGUUCUGAUGGAGAGUAUCCACAAAUCUAAGGCCGAGAAGGCGAGAGAGAAGACUUUGUCUGACCAGUUUGAGGCCAAGAGGGCGAAAAACAAGGCUAGCAGAGAGAGGAAGAUUGCCCGGCGGGAGGAGCGCCUUGCUAUGGGUCCAGCAGGAGACAAGGCUAUGGCUGCAGCUCAAGCAGCUGCUGCCCAAACAACAGAGUAAGUUCAUUUAAUCCGGUGUUAGUUGAGAUUGAUUGUACGGAUUUCAGUUGUGUUUGUAAAAACCUUGUGUUGUUCCUGGGAUUUGCAGACCAUCGAAGAAGUCCAAGAAGUGAAGAGAGUUUCUCGUGUCCUGAUAUCCCUCCUUUUUUUGCUGCUGUUUCCUAAUUUUUUUUGUCUUGCUGUUGUUUCGUUGGUUGAUCUUCCUAAUCUAAGUUUUAGUUGUUCGUGGAGUGUUUCUUGAAAACUCAGUUUAGUUAUAUAUAAACUUUUACGUUAAAACGUU